GAUUCUCGAAGCUCCUCUCUCUUUCUCUGCGACCAUGCUUUCCGGGGACAUACCACCGAACCAGACCAUAUACAUUAAGAAUCUGAACGAGAAAGUCAAAAAAGAAGAAUUGAAGAGGUCUCUCUAUUGCUUGUUCUCUCAGUAUGGAAAGAUCUUGGAUGUUGUCGCAUUGAAGACACCCAAGCUCCGAGGGCAAGCAUGGGUUGCAUUUCUUGAAGUGACAUCUGCCAGCAAUGCUGUGCGGCAGAUGCAGAAUUUUCCGUUCUAUGAUAAACCCAUGAGGAUUCAAUAUGCAAAAACAAAGUCAGACUGCAUCGCCAAAGAAGAAGGAAGCUUUGUUCCAAGAGAUAAGAAAAGGAAGCAAGAAGAAAGAGCUGCUGAUAGAAAGCGGCGAACUGAAGAAGGGCCACAAUCUGCUCCAGCAAAUGGUGGAGCUACUGAAAAUGGAGUUAGAACCAGCUCAUACCGCAAUGGUCAUCCAAAUGCAAAAGAAACAGCUGCUCCAAAUAACAUUCUGUUCAUAGAGAAUUUGCCCUAUGAAACCACUAGCGAUAUGCUGGAAGUACUCUUCAAACAAUUCCCAGGAUUUAAGGAAGUUCGAAUGAUUGAUGCAAAGCCAGGCAUUGCCUUUGUAGAAUAUGAAGACGACAUACAGUCAUCCAUGGCCAUGCAGUCCCUUCAAGGCUUCAAAGUCACCCCUCAAAGUCCCAUCACCAUCAGUUUUGCCAAGAAGUAACCGGAUAACCCUUCAUGUAUUCCUAACUGAAUAACUCUUCCUAUUUCCUGUUGUGAAGUGCUGUUUAAAUUUGUGAUUUGUUGCGGAUAUGUGCUAGUUGAAGAUUGAAGAGUGUUUAGUCCAUAUUGUACUCGUGUUCUUCAUGAAAAUGCAGAAGCUAUUGAUCCUAUGUUUGGAACUUCCAACU